AUGGAAGCGGCGUUGAACGGCCUUUCCAAUACGGUCAAGAACCAGCCCAUCAAGGAUGCAGUCGCCCAAGCAAAAGAAGCCGUCAAGAGCCUAUCCGAUGAGUCGGUAUCGAUUCCAUAUGUUCGAGAGAAAUGCCUUGCAGCGUUCGAAUUGGUUUUCGACAAGGGAAAUGACAAAGCUGCUCAUUAUGCUGUCGAAGGCGUGCAGGCCCUUCUACGUGACCAGCGUUUCCACUCCACGUCAAUAGAAAAUCCGAAUCAUAAUCUUCCGACACAGGUUCUAAGUGCUAUGACUGGAGUCGCACAAUGGAACAGCCAACUGCAAUGCAACUGUCUGACGAUGAUAGUGGAAAUGGUGUGUUCCGUCGAACUACGAGUGUCCUUGCAAGAGGUCGAGGAAUGCUUGGAGGAAGAAACGCAAAACUUCCUCUCGGUGUACCUAGAUGUGACGAAACUGCUCGAAAGCUACAUUGCCAAGCUCGACCAGCUGACCGUAUCGUCAGACCAGAGCGUGGUCCUUUUCGACGCCAUGAAUGCUCUCCUCAGCUCACAACCACUUAGCGUUCAGAAGCAUACACCACUGGUGAACCUGCUGUGGGAAAAGCUCUGUCCGUUGAUGAUUCGCUUGUUAGGGGUUCCUGAUAGAAAUGUCCCGGACCAUCCCUCGAUCAGCACCGAAGAACCUCUUGGACAAGGUCAAAUGGCUAAGUUCACGCUCAGUCCGGCAGUGGUAGCGAAUCCUGAAGCAACUCGCGUACUCUACCAGAUUUUGGAACAACUGAUCCGAAUCAUGGCCGGUAUACCAUCAGUGAAUUCAGUUCUUGAAGCUCUUUUUCACAAGGCAUUUCUCUUCCCGAAAAUUGAACAACGAGCUGAAGCGGUCAGAAUCAUUAAAAAGAUUCUAUCAGAUCGCCUUCGCCUGAACGACAUCAUCUCGUCGUGUAUUCGAUCUCGCUCGCUCUCACUGUGGCGAAUGCUCAUCGUCUGUGUAGCCGAAUGUGCUCAACCUCAGUAUGAAAUUGCCAUAGAAGCUGUCAGAGCUUGCGGAUCCAUGCUACAAGGAAUUCUGACCUACUGUGAGUCACCUGAUCUUUUGGACGACGAAACGAGAUGUAAGCUCAGAGAAAUGUUCCCGUCGUUAGCUGACGUGAAUCCACCAAGUUUCACGUCUCGCUCUGAUGUUGGCCAGUGCAGUCCCCUUCCACCACCGACUCCUUCUCAGAGGCAGAGUGAAGCCAGUGAAGCUGCAAUGGCAGAAGACGUUGGUUACGAUUGA